GAGAAGAGAGCUCUGAAGAUUCAAAUCAAAUUAUUGAAGAUGGAUGUUGCAAGUGUUCUCUGUAUGAAUCCUCUGGGAGAUGGGAAGAAGAGCUACGCCAAUAAUUCUCUUCUCCAAAGAAUAAUCAUAUCAAAAUCCAAGCCAUUUCUAGUAGAAACCAUAAGCAAUAUGGUAAGGCCGAUGAGGAGUAAGAGCAGUGUUAAUGGCAGUUGGCCGGCUUGUUUUAGAGUUGCAGACUUGGGUUGCUCGUCGGGACCCAAUACAUUGCAGGUGAUCUCAGAGAUUAUUAACACCAUUAGUGACGAGAUCAACUGCGACCAGCACCAAGAUGAUGGCGAUCAUCAUGAUCCUGAAAUCCAAGUCUUCCUAAACGACCUUCCUACCAAUGAUUUCAACAGCAUUUUGAAAGAAGUUCCCGCAUUUUAUAAUCAACAUGAUAAAAAUAAGCUUCGGUGUUUUGUAUCGACUGUGGCUGGUUCUUUCUAUGGCAGACUGUUUCCCAAGGAGAGUCUUGAUUUUGUACAUUCUUCUACCAGUCUUCAGUGGCUCUCCAAGGCAAGUUUUUAUUACUUUCACAUAUAUAUAAACAUACACAUAUAUAUCAUACAUUUAUAGUGAAAGGCUCGGUGCCCUUUAUUAGGGAUCGUAUCCCGUUUUAUAGGGUAAUGACCAUAGUAUAUUUAUUUAAAUUAUAUGAACUCGAGUUAAGUAAAAUAACUUA